AUGUAUGCAGACACAUUUCCAAGAAGAUGUGUGUUGGAGUCGAACCUGAAUGUGACUUCAUGAACACAUGGACCACUGUGAAAGCCUAUGCAGGAAUGAUGAUCCCUGAGCCUGGCAGCAUCAUUGAACAUCCUGAAGGCAAAGAUCUUGCAGUUAUCAGUGAUGCGAAGCUUUACAUAAGGAAGUCAUACAAGGACAUCCAUGACAUUGUGAUCAAGGCAGGCCAGUCGAAAAAGCCAAAGAUCCUUAUCACAGGCACUUCUGGAUAUGGCACUGUGAACCCUCUAAUAUGUCUGGCAAAGUCUGUCAUUGCCAUUUCACCAAAGGCUGCCAAGACCAGAAACUUUCAAGAGUUUGACAAAGAUCUCAUCCACAGAUACCACAUGCCACCAUGGUUGGAAGAAGAACUUUUGGCAUGCCAGAAGUUGGUGCAGCCUCUCUUGCCAGAAAAACUUGUAGUGGAAAUAUAUGAGAUCUUGGGUGGCAUACCAAGAUAUGUUUUAAAGGUGCCUGCAAAAUGCAUUGCGGAGGGAGGCAAAAUCAUGAGUGAGAACAUCUUGGAAAAUGCAAAGGCAAAGGCCACCUACUGUUUUGUAUCCACUCUUUCCAGUCUUGCCAAUGUCAAUAUGUUCCUUCAAUGCCUCCGAGACCAUGGUGAAUACAUGGAAAUCAGCAAUCACAUCAUCCACAGACUGCCAUGUCCUGUCACUUACGAAGAAGGCACGAUUGCCUGGGGGUCCAGGCACAUUGAGUUGAAUGUCUUAAAGAAGUGGGAGCUGCAGUCAUGGAACAAGUUACUGGAAUCUUUCUGCAAUUCAUCAACACCUGAGGGAUACAAGGUUAUCAGUGAGAAGCUAUUUGUGCCAAAAAACCUAAACUCUGAGCUUAUCAGCCAUAGAUUUUCACCAAACUGUCUGUUCCAAGUCACUGUUUCAGAAACACACCCAAUCAUGCAUCAUCACUUGGUCAACAUUGUUGAACAUAUGCCAGCAUACCUUCAAGACAAAAAGACAAAAAUUCAGUUCUACUUUGUAGUGCCAGAAGACAAGUAUGACAAUUUCCAAUACCAAAAGCUUGAGACUGAGACUAGAAAUGAACAGAAUGUCAAAUCAACCAGGGAGAUUAAAAG